UCGAAAGUAAUGUUCGCGGCAAGGCCGGCUGAACACAAAAUCGGGAAAGCCUGAUCAGUGUUUGUCACCAAAAACUCUACUUAAGUGAAGGUAUUGACUACGGUUAGACAAUGACAUAACGGAAAAUCUUUUUGUAAAGGACGAAGGUUUUAUACCGAACUCACAAUGGACAAUGAAGUGCAAUCAUCAGCCGCAGAUUCCUCUCCGGCAACAGACAAAGAGGCCAAGAAAUUGUCCAAGAAAGAACGAAGACAGCUACGCUUGAAGGAACAAGGCAAGCUCGACGGAGCUAAGUCCCCAGCAGUGGGCGGGGCUAGUCAAGGACCACAGGGGGGUACAUCAGCUGCACCGGAAACUCAGGGUGCGACAAAGUCUAAGGCAGAGCUCAAGGCAGCAAGACGAGCAAAACAGGAAGCUGACCGAGAAAAGAAGAAAUUGGCAGGCGGGUCCCCGGCUGUGGCAGGAGGCGGGUCAGCCAGUGUGAGUGACAAGCAGCCAAAGCCAAGAUUGUCUAAAUCAGUAUCAGACUCUACAGCGUCCAAGAAAGAGCCCCCUCGUGUGUCGGACGACCUCCAGCAAGAUGAUCCCAAGGUGCAAAAGAGACGAGCCAAGAAACUAGAGAGACAUCAAAUCCCGCAGCGAGUCGAGCAUGAGCGUAAAGUCAGCCUGUUCUCCCAUCUAGACCAAUAUGAGCGACAGGUAUCUGUUACCAGGGGACUCAGCUUCGCUAGCGGUGGGAUCCAUCCAGCUAUCUUGAGACUGGGUUUGCAGUACGCCGAGGGGAUCAUAUGUGGUGCUAACGCAAGGUGUAUUGCAAUGCUGCACGCCUUCAAGCAGGUCAUCGCAGAUUACACUACUCCUCCACAGAAGGAGUUGUCUAGAGACCUUGAAAGCAAGAUUAAACCCUACAUCAGCUUUCUGAACGUUUGUCGACCCAAGUCAGUCAGUAUGGGAAAUGCCAUCAAGCAUCUCAAGCUACAGAUCAGUCACAUACCUCAAGAUAUGACAGACGCAAAGGCCAAGGAGCAUCUAUAUGAGUGCAUUGACAACUACGUCAAGGAGAAGAUUCUCCUAGCUGCCGUGGCAAUCUCCAAAGAUGCGAUCAAGAAGAUCAAUGAUGGAGAUGUCAUCCUGAUAUAUACAUGCUCUUCCCUGAUUCGUCAAGUUCUCUGCGACGCCCACAGAGCCGGCAAGAAGUUCCGCGUGGUCAUCGUGGAUAGUCGGCCUAAGAUGGAAGGCAUAGAAGCCGUGCGUCGACUCAUGAAACACGGCAUCAAAUGCACGUACAUCCUCAUCAACGCCGUGUCUUACAUGAUGCAAGAGGUAUCCAAGGUGUUUCUAGGAGCCCACGCCUUAUUGGCUAACGGCUAUGUCAUGUCAAGGGUCGGGUCGUCGGUCAUCGCAACGGUCGCCAAGGCUUACAAUGUGCCGGUACUAAUCUGCUGCGAGACGUACAAGUUUAGUGAGCGUGUGCAGACCGACAGCUUCGUCUCCAACGAAUUGGGUGACCCAGACGACCUUGUGAAGACCGGUAAACCUACCCAGUAUCUUAGCAACUGGAGAGACAUCCAAUCACUGACCUUGCUGAACCUCGUCUAUGAUGUCACACCACCUGACUUCAUCUCCAUGGUGAUAACGGAGAUCGGAAUGUUGCCUUGUACGUCCGUGCCUGUUGUCCUGCGUGUCAAGAGUGUGGACAGCUAACAAUUCAAGGCAAAGCAAACUGGACAUUGUAAUUUUAUGGUAUGGCAUUUGCACAAGAACACUUGGAGGUGCUGUGCGAUCUGUUUACUGGAAUCACUAUAGACAAAGGUGCUCAGAUGGGCUGCUUCCCCCCGAUUAUAGACCCGUUUAGGCACAGAGUCACUGUUUACUCACAGUGGCCCCUAUUAAUGGCCGACGCAUUGUGCCUGCUUAUUAUUCAGAGUAACCAUCAUGGAACAGUGUUUCUGUACAAUAGUUGGCACAAAGCUUCCACCAUCACUGGGGGCCACCGCGAGGGUACAGCGACUCAGUGUCCGCAAAAAGCCUCUCUACUGAUGACGUCACAUUUGGUUUACAUGUUCUUUGACCAUGCUCUACAAAGUCGCAAACAACCUCAUCUCCAUCCCCAUACCAGACUUCUUCAAAGAACCAGAAAAACUCGCAGUAGCCAACAGCAACGCUUCAUGCGUCUCAAUACAUCAACGGACACGUGCCGGCACAGCUUCUGGCCAAGGACACAGAGACUAGGAUGCACUCCCUCAGAAAACCAUUGAGCUGCUCGCUGUGGGGCAGUUCAAGGGGACCAUCAAUGCCAACUUACAUCAUGGCGAAUGUCCGUUUUACUUGCACCAAUCCAAAUUGCACUUGUAUAAAGAAAGCACAACCAGAGCACAUUAAGUGCGCAAUGUUGGAAGCACCAAACAUCAGUCCCUCAUCUAGAUGCUGAAUAAGCUUUGACGAGAACCGACGUAGAUGUAGAUGUGCUUUCUUAUGGGAGCCUCGUGGGGACGAUGGUUUUGUAGCCCCAUAGACAAGACCACACUUAAACAAAGUGCGACGUCAUCAGUACAGAGGCUUACUGGUCUAGGUGCAUAUCAACCUUCAAAUAUCAUUUGUGAAAUAACGACAGAAAAUAGAACCAAUACUCCCUCGCAUCAAAAUAAACCAAUUCCCAACAUCGUGGAUUACUAGAAAGUCUACACACAGAGACAGGCAAAUUGACGAACAAACGUUUAAGGACUCUCUGUUUCAGGUUCAUUUGUUGUCGAUUUCAUACACUUUAUUUCUCAGCUGAUAACGGAUGAUUAAAAAACUCUCCCAGAAA